AGGCGGCUGAAUAUGGACCAAUACCACCUCAGCGAUGAAAGCUCCCUCCAUUCUGAGAUGCAGCUUCACGAGGUUUCAGGGACUCAGGCUUUGGACUGUAGUGAUACUUUUAGCCAUGAUCUAUGUCCAGAUAUGAGAGACAUGAUUUAUUCAGGAUUAAGCAAUCUGGAUGUGGAUCCCAGCCUUUCGGCCAUGAAUAUGAAUAAUGAUUCCUUGGAGGACAACCUGGACACUUUGUCAUUGUAUUCAGUGAAGGACUGUGAUUCUGCUAAACUCCUUGACGAUUGUGACACAGACUCACGGCCACUCUUGCCUGAAUUAGAGCUUCCUGCCCCUUCAGCACCUAAAGAAGUGGAGCAAGAAGGCAGAUCCAGUUCUGGCAGUGGAAAGAAAGGAAAGCACCAGCAAACCUCCCCUCAAGCUCCUUUCCUGGAUUGCAGCCUCUGUGGGAAGGUUUUCAGUAGCACCAGCUCUCUCAGCAAACAUUAUGUGACUCACAGCCAAGAACGGAAACAUGUCUGUAAGAUAUGCAGCAAAGCGUUUAAGCGGCAGGAUCACCUGAGUGGUCACAUGCUAACACACCAAAAAACAAAGCCAUUCAUUUGCAUUGAACAAGGUUGCAACAAAAGUUACUCGGAUCAUCGGUCGCUGCGCCGGCAUUACGAAAUGCACCAUGGCUUGAGGUUGCUAAAGGAUGACGAGGCUUGUGAGGGCUCCCCACCUCCACAUGAUUCACGCGUCCAGAUAGGACAGAGCGGCAUGAGAACUACAGAGAGGAUGGCUGUUCACCCUGAACCUCAAGCUCCUAAUAAUUCCCUCAUGCCCAACAGAGACUUGCUGAGAUGUAUUGUAAGUAGCUUAGUCACCCAGAAGCUUCCGUCUGCUCCUUCACCCUCUGUGGCUCAAAAUGAAUGUGACUCCAGGGGACCUUUGCAACCUUGCACCUCUGUCUGUGGCCAGAUUUCCUGUGUUCCCACAAGUACUUCUGCACUCACAGAAGCCAGUGGCAAUAAAGUGAUGAAGGAGCUUUAUCCUUGUCAAAAGAAAACAUCCUCCUCCAAUGUGUACACCAUCAUAAAUCCUGGGAAUUUAUCUGUACUUGGACCAGCAGAAAACAUUACAAAUUUGCCAGACAGGCAGCCACAUUCAGAACCUCAGUUUCCUUUAGAAACCACAGCUCUGGAGUAUUGGCCAAACAGUGGUAUACCUCGUUUCCCAUUAUUUAGAGGACAGAAGAUUCCUGUCACCUCUCACCAGUCAAGCAGCAGCUUCCAGUGGAUCCGAAAUGUGCCACCGGCCUGCUCCAAAAGCAAAGGGAAUGGUGUUUAUGUUGCUCAGAUGUCACCUGCUCCGGGUCAAGACGUUUCACAAGGGAUGGUGGGAGCCUCCCGUGCAUUUGACUCUUUGGCACAUAACUUUGAGUGUCCAGAUGUUUUAUCAUUCAGUCCAGCACUCUUAAAGACGCAAGGGGAAAUCCCUGGAGAGCAAAAGUUCAGAGGCUUUGAAAAGAGUUUUAGGCCAGCAACGAGGCUUCCAGAAACUCCAAAGCAUGGCAUGUUGCAGAAGGGUGAGGCCGGGCCGCUCUUCAGGCAGCUCUUCAUGAAAUCCCAGGAAUCCUCUGUGAAUCAGGAUCAGCUACAACUCCAAAGUCACCUGUUCCAGAGGAUCACCAAAUCUCAGCACAUUGUAUCCCACACCCAGCUGUUAGCUCCAUCACAGCUGGCAGGUGUGGAGACUGAGCAUGUGGCAGCAAAACCACUUCAAGGCAAGUUUCAGCAGCAAACAGAUUUGGUUCACCCAGUUUUGGAAUCCACAGAAAGUGAAGGGUCUCCCUUGUGCAUGAAAAAGGUCUUGACCCAAUUUCAGAAGGACGUCUCAUCCGGCAGUGAGAAAGAAGGGCAACAGCCAGCUGCUACUGUACAACCCUUUCACUCACUUUCCAUACCGUCGGUAAGCACAGACAGCAUUUCUCAUGCAAAGCACACCAGGACCUCGAAAGGAUGCCUGGAGUUCAAAGACCUCUCAAGUCCUAGCCAAUCUGUAAUGUAUGAGAACACUCCAGGAAACCACACUUAUGGGAAGUCAAGGCAGUCGGAGAACAGCUCACCCCCAUCAAGAAAGAAAGAGAAGAUUAAGACUUGUAUCAAAGAAUCAGGUGGCAAAGGGCAUUCUCGCAGUGGUAGACCUCGACGGAAGGAGAAGCCAAAAUUUGAUGUAUCUUCUAUGGCUUCUCCCAGUCAAGUGGCCAUGGCUUCCUUUUCCUUGCCUAGUACCUCAUUUGAUAGUGGGGCCGGAGUGAAACCAAAGCUGACCAUUUUCAACAGAAUUCAGGGUGGAAAUAUCUACAGCUUUACUAAUGCGGUGAAGGAAGAACACUUUUCUCCUGGAUGUGAUAAGAGUGGAGGAGAUCCAGGAGACGGGACUGAGCAUGGAAGCAGUUUUGUUUGCACAACCUGCAGUCAGCUGUUUUAUACCGAGAGGGGCCUGAACAGCCAUAUGUGUUUUUAUAGUGAGCAAUGGCAGUCCCCAUCAGGGAAGGAAAAACAGCAGGCGUAUGAGGCAGAACAUUUACAAGCUCAGAAACUGUCUUUCAAGGCAACAGGGGAUGGAGAUACUCCUCCUGAAACCAAAAGGCCUUCAGAAGAUGUAGCAGUAGCACCUCUUGUAAUCCCUGUCUCAGUACCUGUAAUGGCUACAAACCAGCAGCAAGAGAGCAAAGUUGAUGAGAAGGAAAGCCAGGAUGAUAAGGAUCUCCAGGAAGGCAUACCACAAAAGAAGAGAAAGAGGCGAACUUGUCCGAAAUCGCUUUACAUCCCACCUCCACCACCAGUCUGCAGUGAGAUACAGCCUGGCACUGGAGGAUGCUACCACAGUAACCUUCGCUCACCUGUCUUCCUCAUGGAUCACCUCCUCCAAGACUUAGUCCAUUGCUCCCCUUACACACCUCCUCCAAUGCUUAGCCCCAUUCGCGAGGGCUCAGGGCUAUAUUUCAACACCCUGUGCUCUUCCUCUACAAACACUGCUUCCACCAAAAUGUACACCUCUGUUUUAGAUGGAAUGGAUGGAGCUCUUUUAUUCUCUCUUGUGAAAGAUACCACCAAAAUCAGCAUAGAACCACAUAUUAACAUUGGAAGUCGUUUUCAGGCAGAAAUACCUGAUCUCCAAGACAGAUCAUCCAUAGAAAAUUAUGAACAUCCAGCCUCACUAGUAUGGAAGCCAUGGGGAGAUAUCGCAACCAAUAAGGAAACACAGAAAAGAGUAACAAAUUUGUUAAAAUUGGCCUGCUCCAGUGCGAUGCCAGGGGGAGGGACCAACCUAGAGCUAGCUGUGCAUUGUCUGCAUGAAGCCCAAGGAAAUAUUUUGGAAGCACUGGAGAUGCUGUUACUCCAAGGGCCGCAGAAGUCCCCCGGCCAUCCUCUCACUAACUACCAUUACUCAGGUUCACAUCUGUGGACUCCCGCUGAGAAGCAGUUGUUUAAGAAAGCCUUUGGCUUACACAAAAAGGAUUUUUAUCUCAUACACAGUAAGAUACCAACUAAGACUGUUUCCCAGUGUGUUGAAUACUAUUAUAGCUGGAAAAAAAUACUAAAAUUUGACUGCAGUCGAGCACAAAUGGUAGAAAAGAAGUCCAAGAGAGAGCAGGAUGAGGUAGAGAUGGAUGAAGAAAAGAUUCCCUGCAGCCCAAAGAAAAGGCAUUUUUACCUGCCUAAACAGGAGAACAAGCUAAAGCCAAGGAAUUACAAAAAAGCAGCACAGAGCACCUUCAGCCCAACCAGCACCCAGAAGGAACCUCUAGAUAGGCCCAGAAACACAGGCAGUCAGGGUGUGUUCCCAUGUAAAGAGUGUGCAAGAGUGUUUGACAAGAUAAAAAGCCGGAAUGCUCACAUGAAACGCCAUCGGCUGCAGGAGCAGAUGGAACCGAUGAUAAAGAUUAAGUGGCCCAUAAAGCAUCUAAAAAACGAGCCGAAGAAGGAAGAAAGAAAGUCGGACGUUGACUUCCUCCCGUGGUAACUGGGAAGCUGCCAUUUCAGGGGUUCUGUUAUUUUUUAUUUUAUUAUUUUAUUGGAGGAGGAUGGAGUAGGCCAAUCAAUGAGAAAUCACCAUUGUAUUUAGUGUCUUUUUUGUGAUUGAUGUACACACAACUGCUUUUUGAUUCACUCUGUAGUACUGCAGUGAUCUGUGUUAUUGUUAUUUUGUAUGCACUCAGUGUUGCUUAUUAAAUUGGG